AUGGUCAACCUCAGCAUCCUCUCCAUUGCCUCCGUGGCUGUCUUUGCCUCUCUCGGUGCGGCCAAGAACUGUCAGACCCAGUUCAACUAUUGUUCCUCGGCUCUUCUUAGCAGAGGCAACUACGACACCCAGAUCCGGAAUGCGGUUGCAGAGGCCCAGGGUGCAUUCCCCGGCGUGACCAGGGACAACGCCUUGUUCGACUGCCUCGGUGGCUCGAACGGAGAGAUCAAGGUUAUCGAGAAGUGCGGAUAUCAGUGCAAGAACGGAGGUGACGGUCACACCGACAGCUGCUAA